UGAAGACAGAAGCACCCAAACUGAAGCCCAUCAAGCCAGUUUCCCUAUGGCACAUGGUCGGCAUGGACCUCUUUGGGCCAGUGGCGAAGUCUACCAUGGGGAACAUGUACUGCUUACCCUGACAGACUACUUCACCAAGUGGGUGGAAACCAGGACCUUCACGAAGAAGACAGCAGCCAGUGUGAAGGAGGCCUUGAGGGACAUCUUCACACAUGGUUUGCCUGAAGUUAUCCUCACCGACCAGGGCAGUGAGUUCAAGAAGGAGACUGACAUGGCUUUUAAGGAGCUACGGCUCAAGUACUGGGUUUCAUCGGCAUAUCACCCCCAGACAAACGGGCUUGAUGAAAGGACGAACCAAACAUUAAAGGCAUCCAUUGGGAAUACCAUCCAGGGCCAACAGGAGAGAUGGGAGGACAGCCUCAGAGAGUUGUGUACGCACAUAAUACCUGUGUACAGGCCUCAACCAGGUACUCCCCCUUCCGCCUAAUGUUUGGGCGAGAGGCACAUCUGUUUACUGAGGUAUGCCAUUUGUUUUUAUCAUGUUUUUAUUGAUCUACAGAUUAGCUUUAGCACCAAGACUAAAAGCAAAGCAUGUUUGUCAAAUGUUGGCAUGUUCCUUAUAUUUCACAGUGAGAAAGUGGCGAUUAAUGUGAUCAGGCCACUGCACAGAAGAGACUCACCAGU